UUGGAUUUUCAGUUAUUGUCGAAACUGUUUAACAAUUUUCAUACAAAAGUCCUUACAUUUUAACAAAAGAAUAAAAUUUCGUAAAAAAUUUGUGUCCAUUUGAUUGACAAUUGGUUUAAAUAUUAAGAUAUAGACCGCAAAUAUGGCUGAUUGUGAUCAACGAGAGACACAAUUCUUUAGCACUCAAUGUUGUAAUGAUUGGCACAACAAAUACCAACCGAAAGUUGUGGUCAACAAGUUGUCCGAAAUAGACAUCAAAAAAUAUCUUCCUAUCGAUGGCCCGGAGUUGAAGUCAUCAAUCAAUUUGAUUGACAGUCAAAAACCUAAAGACAACGCAGAAACCAUUUCAUCGGAUUUCAUGCGAUUCUUGAAUCUGAUUCCAACCGAUGAUCUCAAACAUAAACCAAUGGAAAGAUUGAAACAAAGUUUUCCGGUCAGAGAUAUCUGUAAAGUCGAUGACAUUUGUGUUGAUUUGGACACAAACCGUGUGAUUGGAGACAGGAAUGCGAUUCUCAGAGCUAAUGAUGUGAUUGUUAACAACACUACUCGUCCGGGUCCUCGAGUAAUGAAGAAGAAAGGUGUGAAACGAAAAGCCAAUACAAAGACUAUUGAUAAAAAUGGUUUAAAUAAUGAAAAGAAACGACGAUUGGAUCAAAACAAGCGACUCUUGACAUUUGUUUCCAAUUUUGACUUUACAUCCGAAAUGUUUGUGUUUUUGGCUACAACUCUGAACAUUAAAAGUUUAUCACACAAUGAGAUCCAACAGAUGGCCAACAAAAGCACUGAAAUGAAUAGAUAUUCAAGAAAUGAGACUUUGAUUUGUUUGACUGAUACAGAACUGAAUCGUUGGAAAUCUUCCAAUAUUUACGAGAAGACAAUCGUUGAAGAACUGGAACAACAAUAUAAUAGAAAAUAUUUUUAUUAUUCAUUCACAAGAAGACAACGUCUGGAGAGACAAUUAAGACUCAAGACUGGAAUUGAUUGGUUGUCGAGACUAUAUCUGCAACAAUGUCUACCACUUGAUGUGUCGAUCAUCAGAGUUACCAUUUGUGACAAUUGUGGCGAAAGAGUUGCUGAUCGGUGGCAUUCGUGUCGGAGUUUCGAGAAAGUUGUUCGCAAAUCUCAGUCACUAAUUAUCAUUGAUUUAAGCGAAGACACUGAUGAUUAUGUAUUGGAUACCGACGUCGAGAAUCAAAUGUUGGAUCCGAUUAUUGAGUCGUCGGCUGACAACAAACCGAUGACAUCUCCGACUAAACAACCGAUUAUUGUUAUAGAAAUAGAUCCGACUAUUGAUGCGUUGGCUAAACAAUUGGUCUCUAAUGCAAAACGAUUGCGAAUUUCAUUUUAA